AUGGACCCGUACACAACCCUCUACCCAACCCUGACCCCCCACACCAUCCCCGUCACCCCCACCGUCUCCCUCCACGCCCUCACCUCCCCCCCCACCACCCCCCACAACAACCCCCCCCUCCUCCUCCUCCACGGCUUCCCGCAAAACCUCCUGAUCUGGCACCGCCUCGCCCCGCACCUGACCAGCACCCACAGCCUCGUCCUCCUCGACCUGCGGGGCUACGGGAAAUCGUCCAAGCCGGCCGGCGGGGCGGACCACGCCGGCUACGGCAAGAGCGCCAUGGCGGCCGACUGCGCGGCGGCGAUGACGGCGCUGGGGCACGCGAGGUUCGACGUGUGCGGGCACGACCGGGGCGCGCGGGUGGCGCACAGGCUGUGCGUCGGGUAUCCGGAGCGGGUGCGGAAGGCGCUGGUGCUGGAUGUGGCGCCGACGCUGGCCAUGUACGAGAGGACGGACAUGGCGUUCGCGCGGGCGUACUGGCACUGGUUUUUCCUGAUCCAGGACGCGCCGCUGCCGGAGGGGUUGAUGGUGGGGGGUGCGCGGGGGUGGAUCGAGAAUACGAUGGGGGGGCCGGGCGGGGCGGGGCUGGGGACGUUCGAUGCGGCGUGCGUGGAGAGUUAUGUGGGGCAGAUGGGGGAUGCGGAGACGGUGCAUGGGAUGUGUGAGGAUUAUAGGGCGGCGGCGGGGAUCGAUCUGGAGGAGGCGAGGGAGGAUGUGGCCGAGGGGAGGAAGAUUGCGUGUCCGUUGAGGGUGCUGUGGGGGAAGAAAGGGGUGAUUGAGGCGCAGUUUGAUGCGUUGGCGGAGUGGAGGAAGGUGAGUGAGGAGGGGGUGGUGAGUGGGGAGAGUGUGGAUUGUGGGCAUUAUAUUCCUGAGGAAGCGCCGGACGCGCUUCACUCUUCCUCAAUCAACAUCACACGAAUUGUCAUCGUCUCCGUCUCCAACGCCUCAAUCCUCACGCGGCCUGCAGCUGAGUAUGCAAGGGAUGGUUCCAUGUCUCCCCAUACGCCAGAAAUUACCUAUGCAGGUCUCACAGUUGCGGUGAAGUAUUGGAACGAUCUGCGCGAGGAGCGACAACUACAGAAUCCUGAGUCUCACCUAGGGGUUUACAGUUGGAACCAAGAUAUCGAGUGUCUUCCGUCGAUGCUUGGUCUGUUUUUCUUACCAUACUAUCCUCCCCAUGUGCGUCUUCUGACACCACGAAAUGAUGUGUGGUGGGACUCUUCUCAAGCCUCAGUUUCUUUUGCAGCCCCCAGACAGUCAGCGUCUUCGUUCUUCCAGCUGUAA